CCCCCCCCACCCCCCCCCCCCCCCACCCCCCCCCCCCCCCACCCCCCCCCCCCCCCACCCCCCCCCCCCCCCACCCCCCCCCCCCCCCACCCCCCCCCCCCCCCACCCCCCCCCCCCCCCACCCCCCCCCCCCCCCACCCCCCCCCCCCCCCACCCCCCCCCCCCCCCACCCCCCCCCCCCCCCACCCCCCCCCCCCCCCACCCCCCCCCCCCCCCACCCCCCCCCCCCCCCACCCCCCCCCCCCCCCACCCCCCCCCCCCCCCACCCCCCCCCCCCCCCACCCCCCCCCCCCCCCACCCCCCCCCCCCCCCACCCCCCCCCCCCCCCACCCCCCCCCCCCCCCACCCCCCCCCCCCCCCACCCCCCCCCCCCCCCACCCCCCCCCCCCCCCACCCCCCCCCCCCCCCACCCCCCCCCCCCCCCACCCCCCCCCCCCCCCACCCCCCCCCCCCCCCACCCCCCCCCCCCCCCACCCCCCCCCCCCCCCACCCCCCCCCCCCCCCACCCCCCCCCCCCCCCACCCCCCCCCCCCCCCACCCCCCCCCCCCCCCACCCCCCCCCCCCCCCACCCCCCCCCCCCCCCACCCCCCCCCCCCCCCACCCCCCCCCCCCCCCACCCCCCCCCCCCCCCACCCCCCCCCCCCCCCACCCCCCCCCCCCCCCACCCCCCCCCCCCCCCACCCCCCCCCCCCCCCACCCCCCCCCCCCCCCACCCCCCCCCCCCCCCACCCCCCCCCCCCCCCACCCCCCCCCCCCCCCACCCCCCCCCCCCCCCACCCCCCCCCCCCCCCACCCCCCCCCCCCCCCACCCCCCCCCCCCCCCACCCCCCCCCCCCCCCACCCCCCCCCCCCCCCACCCCCCCCCCCCCCCACCCCCCCCCCCCCCCACCCCCCCCCCCCCCCACCCCCCCCCCCCCCCACCCCCCCCCCCCCCCACCCCCCCCCCCCCCCACCCCCCCCCCCCCCCACCCCCCCCCCCCCCCACCCCCCCCCCCCCCCACCCCCCCCCCCCCCCACCCCCCCCCCCCCCCACCCCCCCCCCCCCCCACCCCCCCCCCCCCCCACCCCCCCCCCCCCCCACCCCCCCCCCCCCCCACCCCCCCCCCCCCCCACCCCCCCCCCCCCCCACCCCCCCCCCCCCCCACCCCCCCCCCCCCCCACCCCCCCCCCCCCCCACCCCCCCCCCCCCCCACCCCCCCCCCCCCCCACCCCCCCCCCCCCCCACCCCCCCCCCCCCCCACCCCCCCCCCCCCCCACCCCCCCCCCCCCCCACCCCCCCCCCCCCCCACCCCCCCCCCCCCCCACCCCCCCCCCCCCCCACCCCCCCCCCCCCCCACCCCCCCCCCCCCCCACCCCCCCCCCCCCCCACCCCCCCCCCCCCCCACCCCCCCCCCCCCCCACCCCCCCCCCCCCCCACCCCCCCCCCCCCCCACCCCCCCCCCCCCCCACCCCCCCCCCCCCCCACCCCCCCCCCCCCCCACCCCCCCCCCCCCCCACCCAACAAGUUGGCAAGUCAGUAUAAGAAAGAGCCUGAAUGCCACGACUUUGUGUCUGCUGCAGGUAUUUCCCAAUUCCUGGCGCCGGCAACCCAACUCCUGUACCGUUUUUUCAGAAGUUCUGAAGAGGCUCUGGGUUCUUACGAUCUUUCCUUACAGGAAUGUGUCCUGAGAUGGCUGAAGAUUUGCAUCACUAAAGCUCCCGUGGUCCCCCCGUGGGAAUAA